UUCUUUAAGUAAGGGGUCCUAAAAACGGCUAUUUGUGCACUUCGCUCAAUUUAUUCAUUACUUAAAAUUUGAGUUUCACUUAUUGGACGCUGCCCAAGAAGAGCCCUCAAAUGCUUCUCUCUUAUAUUUGUGCCACACAUUCAGAGAAAGACACAAAAUGCUUCUCUAUAUUUGCUCUGCUGAAUUUGAGUAAGGAAAACCUAAAGAGUCGUCCAAAUCUAGGUUGCUCGGACUCUUCACUUUUGGUGUCACACCCGUGUCGACACGACAUGGGUGUGGGUAUGGGAUCCGUACCGGAUUUAGUCAACCGAUUAUGGGUGCUUUGACCAAAAUCGACUGAAGAAUUCGGGACAAAUAUAAUGAUUUUUGAAAUCAAAACAAAAACGAGGGUGAAAUUGAAGAAAAUGGAAUACCUUGUAUAUAGAAACUUCUGUGUCAGUCAGUUUCCUUUUAUUUUCUUCUUGGAUUCUCCUUUUGAUCAUUAAUCUCUCUUUCUCGGAAUACCUUGUUAGUUUUCCUCAUAAUAUCUCAUAAUGUAGUCAUAUUUUUAUAACUCUACUUUUAGAUAUUUGAAUUAUUUUUAGCCGAAUACCCACACCCGUAUUCGUAUCUGGAUCCGUAACCUCCGAAUCUUAAGAUUUAGAUCAUGAAGGAUCCAACCUCUAAAUUAACACCCGUAUCAGACACCCGCACCCGAGUCCGAGCAACUUAGGUCCAAACACACAUCUGAUUCAGGUUUGCUUUAAUGUUACUUGUUAUAUAUGAAGCAUUACCCUUUUCAGACCUUAAAUAUGUCUUGUUAGUCUUGCAAAUUUGGUAAUUUUCGUUUAGGAUUGACCAGUGCUUGCUACCUGUUCGAUGGAAUGUUAAACAUGAACCUGUUUUUAGUGCAAUUGGUAUUGGGCUGUCUUGAUGAAAAAAACCCUUUUGGUUUCUGGAUCAAUCGAGUGAAAUGUUGCGAGUAAAUCGCUAAAAUUUGAAAGAAUUUGUAGGAAGCAUGAAUUUAGUAUUUGCAUGUAUUUGAGGAGGAAGUAAAACAUUAAGAUGAUGUUUUCAUGGAGAUGAAGAUGUUAAAGCUCUGUUUAGUAUGUUGUUUUUAUGUGUUUUGCUUAGCUUAUUUUUGCUAGCGUUUAGGACAAUCACUUAUUAGCGAAUAACCUAAUUUUUACUUAUAUAAUUGGUUAAUUCUAUUCAAUUGUCUUCUACCAGAAUACGAAAAAGUGUCUGAAUCAGUUUCAAAAUCCAAAUCAACCACACCCUGAUAUCUUGCAAGAGUCAGAGUAUUCUUGAGUCCAUCUUUACCAGUGCUAGAGGAAUUGGUUUACCAAGUUUGCCUCCUUAAUCUUUUCCAUGAGCUGAAAUCAUUGAGGAACCUAUAAAGUACUACGCUUAACAUUUGGAAAAAUUAAAACAAAGUUUCUGUAUUAAAUUUAACAGAGGAUGGGCUUUAAUGGCUUUAAACCAACUUUUAUGAGUAAAAAUUAGUUGUUUCUUCUUGGUGUAACUUGGCAAAUGUGAAUGAUGUUGAAGCCGAGUUACACCGAGUACAUUACACGAUGUGAAGUGUUAACGCACUUUUGUAACUAGAUUCUAUCAUUUUCUUUCGGUUGGAGCAUUAAUAAAAUCCUUAUUACUCAUCAAAAAAAAAAGCUGCUUUAUCAAAAUUCAUGUUACACCCCGUACUUUCAUGUUAGAAUAUGAGCCGGAGAGGUUAAGGACCUUUACAAAGAUAACGAUGGGUUAAAACAAGUGGUAAGGAAGUAUUUUGAGGGCUGGAGGUUAAACGAACCAAAGAUGCUACAACCCAUACUUUCGAGGUAAAACUAGGAGUACUUAAUAUUCUAAGGAGGUCGUGUUUUAAGGUAAUUGAAUCAUAUAAUAUUCGUAUGUUAAUUUUUGAAGUCAAACAAGUUGUAAAAUAAAAGUCGACAAAGUAAGUUAUAACCCUUGCAAUUUUGACGCUCAACUCCUUGAAGCUGUUUUUGCGUGGCAACAUCCGUUCCUCUCCAUCAAAACCAAGUUUUAAGUAUCUCUCUCCCCCAGAUUUCGCGAAUGGCAAGAAACCCUUGUGCCUUUCUAAUGCUGAUUUUUGGAUGAUUUCUGCUUUGUCUGAUUGGAUUGAGAAAGCCUGCUCAGAUUCAUAUUUUUCUUCUUUGUGAUCUUUUAUGAUAUAAUUUUCCAAUUAUUAUCUAUUUCGCAUGUAUCGAUCUUUCUUUUUGGGCUUUCGUAAUCUGUUUUCUGAACAAAAAAAGGAAAAAAAACGAACAAGGUCGUCAGAAAUAGAACAUUAUCUAUUCCGUUGAUGUGUAGGAUACUAGGAUGCAUAUCCUUACAUUAAUUAAUUAACCUACUAGAAUAUCUAAGCAAGCAUUCAACAUCGAUUGAUUUUGAAGUACACCAGUAUCUCCCGUAAUUAGUAUUUCUGUUAACUUAGACCCAUAAUUGAAUCACGACAAGACUUUGGUUUUCUUGGUUUUUGGAAUGAAAUGGGGCUGAGUAGAUGCUACGGAAUAUAUAGCUGGCACCAACUAGCUUAGGAUUGAGGCAUUAUCUAAUGAUUUUUACUUGGGGAUGCACUGUACUUGGAAGAGUAAAAAUUGUAUUAAAAAAUGUGGUUGAAAGAUUAUACUUUGAUUACUUUUUUGGCUGGUUUUUGGUUAUCUUUCCACUAACCUUAACUCUUUGUGCUGUUCUCUAGUUUUCUGCCCAGGGUACUGGUAGAGAUUAAGGCUAACUUGAAGAGGGGACUCUUCUUUGUUGAGUGCCAAUAUCAUGGCAUCCUCUAAGAAUGAGGAAAGUGGUGCUCAGGAUGCAGCAGAAAGGAUUAAGGUUGCAGCCUUGUCAGCUGCAAAGGGUUUGAGUCGUGCUCAGGCUGAGCGCGCCGCUGCUCCUGCUGCUAGAAAUGUCAAUGCGUAUGGCCAGAAGGAAGAAGGACCCAGUCGAUGGCAGGAAAGAAAAGAAGCAAAGAGGCAGAUGUAUUUGAUGAGUACUGAGAAACAGGUGAGAUUGGGUGAAAGGAAAGACCUCAAGGCUUCAGGUUCCACCCUUGCUGCAGCUUCUCAAUGUCAGAAAUGUUUCCAGUUAGGGCACUGGACUUAUGAGUGCAAGAAUGAGAGGGUUUACAUAUCACGUCCUUCUCGUACACAGCAGCUGAAGAAUCCAAAACUGAGGAUGAAAUUAUCAAUAUCUUAUGAUCUAGAAAACCCAGAUAUUGAGAAGGAGAGGAAGAGUGAAAACCCUUCCCACUAGCGAGGGCUAUAACGGUAAUCGGUAAUUACAA